CGCGUCCGGGUGCACGUACGUGCGUGAGGUUUCCGUGUGCGCUCGGAGGUUCGGUCUGCUGUGGGGUGUUUUGAACGGGGGGCACCAUGGCUUCUACGGCGGCCGGGAAGCAGCGGAUCCCUAAGGUGGCCAAGGUAAAAAAUAAAGCUCCGGCUGAAGUGCAGAUAACAGCUGAGCAGCUGCUGAGAGAAGCCAAGGAGCGAGAACUCGAGUUACUGCCACCGCCUCCCAAGCAGAAGAUCACAGAUGGAGAGGAACUCAAGGACUACAAGUUAAGGAAGAGAAAGGCCUUUGAAGAUAACAUAAGGAAAAACAGAACUGUUAUCAGUAACUGGAUAAAGUAUGCACAAUGGGAGGAAAGUCUAAAGGAGGUUCAAAGAGCCCGAUCUAUAUACGAACGAGCCUUAGAUGUGGAUCACAGGAAUAUUACAUUAUGGCUCAAGUACGCAGAGAUGGAGAUGAAGAAUCGCCAGGUUAACCAUGCACGUAACAUCUGGGAUAGAGCCAUCACCAUCCUUCCUAGAGUCAACCAGUUCUGGUACAAGUACACCUACAUGGAGGAGAUGCUGGGCAAUGUGGCGGGCACAAGGCAGGUGUUUGAACGCUGGAUGGAGUGGCAGCCUGAAGAACAAGCUUGGCAUUCCUACAUCAAUUUUGAGCUGCGGUACAAGGAGGUUGACAGAGCACGCGCCAUAUAUGAAAGCUUUGUCGUUGUACACCCUGAUGUAAAGAACUGGAUCAAGUACGCCCGGUUUGAGGAAAAGCAUGGUUACAUAGCUCAUGCGAGGAAGGUUUUUGAGCGUGCAGUGGAGUUUUUUGGAGAGUAUCACAUGGAUGAGAAUCUGUACGUAGCUUUUGCUAAAUUUGAGGAGAAUCAAAAAGAGUCAGAAAGGGUACGUGUCAUAUACAAAUAUGCCCUGGACAGAAUCCCGAAACAGCAAGCCCAAGACCUGUUCAAAAACUAUACUGUAUUUGAGAAGAAGUAUGGUGACCGGCGAGGAAUUGAAGAUAUCAUUGUGAAUAAGAGGAGGUUUCAGUAUGAGGAAGAAGUCAAAGCCAAUCCCCAUAACUAUGAUGCCUGGUUUGACUACUUGCGAUUGAUGGAAAGCGAUGCCGAUGCAGACACAGUCCGAGAAGUAUAUGAACGGGCCAUUGCCAAUAUUCCACCCACUAAAGAGAAGAGGCACUGGAAGAGAUAUAUCUAUUUAUGGAUAAAUUAUGCCUUGUAUGAGGAGCUGGAGGCGAAGGAUCCGGAAAGGACCAGACAAGUAUACCAGGCUUGCUUAGAGCUAGUACCUCACAAAAAGUUCACUUUUGCAAAAAUCUGGCUAAUGUAUGCAAAGUUUGAAAUCAGACAGAAGAAUCUUCAAUUUGCACGAAAAGCCUUGGGCACCUCUAUUGGAAAAUGUCCCAAGCACAAGCUAUUUAAGGGUUACAUAGAGCUAGAGCUGCAGCUUCGAGAAUUUGACCGAUGUAGGAAACUGUAUGAGAAGUUUCUGGAAUUUGCUCCAGAAAAUUGUACCACAUGGAUUAAGUUUGCAGAACUGGAGACCAUUCUGGGUGACAUUGAAAGAGCCUGCGCUGUGUAUGAAUUGGCUAUCGGACAGCCACGACUUGAUAUGCCUGAAGUUCUCUGGAAAUCUUAUAUUGAUUUUGAAAUAGAACAAGAAGAAUUUGAGAAGACAAGAAAUCUGUAUAGGAGACUUCUGCAGAGAACACAGCAUGUCAAGGUCUGGAUAAGCUUUGCUCAGUUUGAGCUCACCACUGGGGGCAGUGACACAUUAAUGAAAUGUAGACAGAUCUACGAGGAAGCGAAUAAGACGCUGAGGAAUUGUGAGGAGAAGGAAGAAAGGCUGAUGCUCCUAGAGUCCUGGAUGAGCUUUGAACAGGAGGUUGGAAGUGAAUCCACACAGCAGAGGGUGGCUAAGCUCAUGCCCGAGAGAGUUAAGAAAAGAAGAAAACUCCAAGCUGAAGAUGGGUCUGACGCUGGAUGGGAGGAAUACUAUGACUACAUAUUUCCUGAAGAUGCAGCUAAUCAACCUAAUCUUAAACUGCUUGCCAUGGCCAAACUCUGGAAGAAGCAGCAGAAAAACGAAGAUGAUGAUGAUAAUGACGAUGAUGAUGGACAAGAUCCUGAUAAAGACAUUGAUGAGAGCGCUUCCUGACACACGGAUGUGUAGGAUAUUGCUGCUUUUGUUUGUUUUUUUUACUGCCCUUUAUAUCUCCUUGUACAUAUCUCAGACCAGAAUAUUUGUUAUUGAGCAGUCCAGGCCUCCUAUGUGAAAAUAAAACAUUUAAAAUAA